AGAAGAAGAAACUCUAGCCGCUGCUAACCUCCGCUCUGUGGUUAACCCUCGUUGUUCCGGUUUGUUUCUCUGGAUUUCAAUGUGAACUCUGCCAGAGCUCCAGCGGAUUGCGGUUCUUUCUGAGGCCGGAUUAUCAGCCGCAGAAACCGGAUAGAAGCAGUUUGAAGCAGCUGAAUCUCUCGAUCCCGGAUCUUUACUGGAUCUAUUUACUGGAUCUAUUUCUGGAUCUUUCAGGACGCACCGCGUCUUCAGUCGGCGGGACCGUGAAGGCUCAUCGGGCUCUCGGUUCUUGAUGCCUCGGAGGCCCCGCGGAGCUGAGACCGCGGAGCCCCGGAGCAGGGCUCGGACACCGGGGAAUUAAAGGAGGGUUCUGUUUGCCGGAUUGGGCCGCCGGUUCCGUCUGCCAUGAACCCGCUGAACCAGAUGAAGAGUGGCCUGGGCGCCAACCCCCACAGCGACGGGUCGUACCCCUACGACCCGUCCAGCUGGCAGCAGCCCCCCAACCAGCCCACCGGGUCCCUGUCGGUGGUCACCACUGUGUGGGGCGUCCCCAACCCGCCCGCCAGCCAGGGCCUGGGUGGAGGCGGGAUGGGCCCUGGGGCCAGCGCGGCUGGCAGCCCCAUGAUGCAGGGCUCCGGGGGCCCCGGCAUGUCGGGGGGCCCCGGCGCCUACCUGGGCCAGCCGGGCUACGGGGAGCCGGGGAAGGGCUACCUGUACGGACGGACCGGCGGGGGGUACGCCGGGGCUCCGGGGGGCUACUCGGGCAGUUACCCCCCGGCCCCUGGAGGCUCCAGAGGUUCCGAGUUCACCCAGGCUGCUGCUGCCGCCGCCGUGGCCGCCGCCGCCGCCGCCACAGCAACCGCCACCGCCACGGCAACCGUAGCCGCCAUCCAGGAGAAACAGAACCAGGAGAUGAGCUACGGACAGAUGGCGGCCCCCGGCUACAGCAGCCAGUUCAUGGGCCUGUCUGGCCCCCGCGGCCCCGGCCCCACCAGGGGCCCGCCCUCCAUGGGCUCCAUGUACGGCCCUGGGCCGGGCCAGCAGAGGGCUCCCCAGCACCCAAGCUACGGCGCCGGCCCCCAGCAGGGACACAUGCGGCCCCCGCAGGGCCUGAAGCGGCCCUACGGCUCCGAGUCGUUCCCAGGAAUGCCCCAGCAGUACGGUGUUCCCUCCGGGGUCAGCGUGAUGAGCGGCUCCGGUGGAGCCGGACCCACGGGGCCCGGUCCUUACUCUGGACCCAACAUGCAGUACCACCCAGGUCCAGGCUCCGCCCCCCAGUGUUCUGGCCCCACCCCCUCCUAUAAGAUGCCCCUCCCACAGUACCCGCCCUCAGGAGGUUCGAACUCCCAGUUCUACAAGCAGGACCAGUUCAACGGCCAGACUGGGAACCUGAAUGCUCUGCCAGCAGGGGGCGCCGCAGGCGGCUACAACGCCUUCAACCAGCAAGCAGGGCCGGGCCGAGGGUUACCCGGUUACCCGUCCUCUCCCGUCCCCGGAAACCCGAUGCCGCCCAUCACCCCCGGCAGCUCCAUGGCUCCACCCUACAUGUCGCCCGGCAACACCGACGUGAAGCCAAUGGCGUCUUCCUUCCUGCCUGACAUCAAGCCCAACAUGGCGGCCCUGGCGCCCCCUACAGGUAACCCUAGCGACGACCUUCGGCUGACCUUCCCGGUGCGGGACGGCGUGGUUCUGGAGCCGUUCCGUCUGGAGCACAACCUGGCUGUCAGCAACCACGUGUUCCAGCUGCGCGAGUCCGUCUACAAGACGCUCAUCAUGAGGCCCGACCUGGAGCUGCAGUUCAAGUGUUACCACCACGAGGACCGACAGAUGAACACCAACUGGCCCGCCUCCGUCCAGGUCAGCGUCAACGCCACGCCGCUCACCAUCAAGCGAGGAGACAACAAGACGUCCCAUAAGCCGCUCUACCUGAAGCAGGUCUGCCAGCCGGGAAGGAACACCAUCCAGAUCACCGUCACCGCCUGCUGCUGCUCCCACCUGUUCGUCCUCCAGCUGGUCCACCGUCCCACCGUCCGCUCCGUCCUGCAGGGCCUGAUGAAGAAGCGGCUGCUGCCCGCCGAGCAUUGCGUCACCAAGAUUAAGAGGAACUUCAGCAGCGGCUCGAUUCCCGGGACCCCCGGGUUGAACGGAGAGGACGGCGUGGAGCAGACGGCCAUCAAGGUGUCGCUGAAAUGUCCCAUCACCUUCAGACGGAUCCAGCUGCCCGCCAGGGGCCACGACUGCCGACACAUACAGUGCUUCGACCUGGAGUCGUACCUGCAACUCAACUGUGAGAGAGGAACCUGGAGGUGUCCGGUGUGCAAUAAAACGGCUCUGCUGGAGGGACUGGAAGUGGACCAGUACAUGCUGGGAAUCCUCAUCUACGUCCAGAACUCUGACUACGAGGAGAUCACCAUCGACCCAGUCUGCAGCUGGAAGCCGGUUCCGGUGAAACCCGACAUCCACAUGAAGGAGGAGUCAGACGGUCCGGUUCUGAAGCGCUGCCGGACGCUCAGCCCGAGUCACAUGGUCCUGCCCAGCGUCAUGGAGAUGAUCGCAUCACUAGGCCCCGCCCCCUCCUCUUCGUCCUCCAUGACCGCGCCUCCCUCCUCCUCUUCCUCGCCGAUGCCCUACUCCUCCCUGCCACCAGGAGGCAGCAACACGCCAGACUUCCCCUCAGCAGCUCCGUCCUUCCCCGCUCCAUCUGCCGCCUUCUCGGACUUUGCCGGGCCCGGUUCCCCCAGCAUUCGGACCUUCACCGCCGGGCCCGGUUCCCCCAGUAUUCGGACCUUCACCGCCGGGCCCGGUUCCCCCAGUAUUCGGACCUUCUCCUCCCCCGGCCCGCCGCCGCUGUCCUACCAGCCGGAUCUGUCCAGCGCCCUGCUGACGCCCGACAAGGCGCCGCCUCACUCGCUGGGCCCGCAGGUGCCGGGCCGUUUGGACUCCGUCUCCCAUGGUGCCGCUCUCUCCCAGCAGCAGCAACAGGGUCUCCAUGGCAACGGUCAGAUGAUGCAUCGUGGCAACCAGAACCCUCGUCUCCAAGGCGACGGCUCCUUUGGGCUCGGCGGGUCCACAGAUGUUCCAGAACCUUCUUUGGAUCUGCUUCCAGACCUGACGAACCCGGAUGAGCUGCUGUCCUACCUCGGACCUCCGGACCUGCCCAACAACAACGACGACCUGCUGAGUCUGUUCGAGAACAACUGAGGAGUCCAGAACCGGACCGGACUGGAGGAACUGCUCCCUCCCAGACAGAACCGCACAGACUGCAGAACUUUAAACCGUUUGGACCUGGUUCUGUGUGUAACUGAAGUCGUUCUCAUUUUACUGGUUUUGUCUCCUGAUUGUGGUUCUGACCCGUCAGCCCGGCUGCAGCCGUGGACUGGUUCUGGAUCUGAGGCUGGUUCUCGUUCUGACCCAAUGAGCUACAGAACCAAAACAGAGCUGAGGUCCAGUUUUGGUUUAACUGUUAACUGGUUCUGGUACCGUGGACCCGCUCAGAACCAGCGCCUGCUGGGCCAGAGGAACCAGUGGCUGCUCUCAACCAAUCAGAGACUCUUCCAGACCAAGCCCCGCCCUCUGAGCUGAUUGGCUGGCCCGCUGUUGUGACUUCUGUGUGUUGCCGGGGCAACAACUGUGAUCCAGUAACAUUAACAUAAAGAGUCUUGAGACGAGUUCAUAACCUGUAAUUUAAUAAACGCUGGAAAGACUCGA